CCCAGACCCAGUGCGAAGCAAUCUUCUUACAGGAAUCGUGAAUGGAAGAACGCUCGGAUGGGGUGGAGACAACGCUUUUCUCCACUGAGUUCCUAGAAGGGUCACUAAUUUCGAAAAUGUUAGAAAAUAGUUUCGAGGAUUUUAAAUGUCGCCUCUGCAACUACCGCUCGAACUUUAAGCAUAACCUUAAAAGACAUAUCCUCUCACAUACAGAUGUGCGUCCCUUUGCGUGUAAAUUCUGUGGUAAGAUGUUACGUACAAUGUGUCACCUGCGGCGUCAUGAAAGCAUUCACACCCGGGCGUUCAAUUGUCGCCUAUGCACACUCAGCUUCGAACAGCGUAAUCGGCUUGUCGCCCACGUCGCGUCACAACACGUCGGGGCGGACCGUGCAAGAGACCUCAUUGACGCGUGGCUGAAAAUCGGCCGCGAAAAUCGAACCGAUGAAGACCAACUGCUUGUCGUAUGAAUUGAUUGGUCGGUCGGUCGGUCGGAACUAGUCUGAAUAUUCGCGGCGAUCUCGUUUCACUGAAUACAAUAAGUCGAGGUUUAACUCUGAUUUAUUGUUAUAUUAGAUGAAAUUCAUAUGAAAAGCAUAGAGUUUGUAAAAAAAAAAAAACAACAGUUUGUUCUAGUUGUAAAAGUUGUAAAAAAAAUCGAGACCGUCAGCUGAAUAAUUUAGGCCACAUGAAUGGCAUGGAUAAAUUUAGGUCUUGGCCUUGGUAGAGGAUUAGCGGUUUUGUGAUUUGUCCAUGGAGAUAGAUAUACACGCGUCCAUUUUUUGAAGCUCAUUUGCGAGCCAAGCUUAUCCUAUAGUCAAAGAUAUAUAAUAUUUUUUCUACGAUAGGUGUCAUCACAUUUAGGAUAGGUGAGUUAGAUAUAAUGGUUUUUUUUUGUUAAGCAUAAAAGAUAAGAAGGAAGUGUUCUUGGUCAAGUGAGUAACUAUAUAUGGAUUUGGGAAAAUCUUUGAAUUAAACAACGGCGUCAGUAACGGUAAGGACAAGCUACGUAUCUGGGUUGGCAAAAGUCAGCUCUAACGUAUGCCGCCGCCGUUUCAAAAGCUUUUUUUUUACUGUACUUUUUUUGUUCAAUUUAGAAUCUCUCUAUUAGUCCAAAUUUCUAAUAUAUUUAUCGCCUAAUAUGCACUGGGAUAUACCUCUGCA